AUGGUACAAGCCAUUCUGACCGACAACCCCGAGUUCCCCGUGACCAGUGUGGACAUUAUCGGGUGCAACCGUACAAUGGGUAACCUGCUGUGUUUUGUGCGUGGGGAGGAGAAGCCCUUCAGGAUUCUGGUUGAGGUACUUGGCAAGACGGUGUUCUUUGUCAGAAGAGAAAACUCGCCCACCGAAACAAUUCCCGGUAUCCAUGGAUAUGGGCACACUUUCCCGGAAGCAUACACCACGUGGGGUGCAAAUGUGGGCGGUUCCCAGUCCCAUCAACGGGUGGUGGAGUAUGAGUUUGCUGGCAUGCGGUGCUUAGUGCGUUUUGAAGCCGAUGGCUUUUUACCCGACCUGGUUUCGGAUCCCGAGAAAUCCGGAGAAGAUCCCGUUCCCGAUUCCAAGGAGGAGAGUGUCGACCCAGAGGAAGCUUUGCCGUCCAUCGAUGAAAUGGCAAUCUCGGAUGUCCCCUCAGCCAGUACGGAAAUGGCAACGGAGCAGCUCGACAUUGCCAUCCAAGGCCAGCGUAUCCCACAGUGUGCAGUCUUUGACCUGAAGACUCGAUCUCGCAGCAAGAAGAGUGUCAACGUUCUUGAGAAGGAAUUACCCCAGUUGUGGGUUACACAGACCCCCAACUUCAUUCUCGCCCAUCAUGCAGCUGGUCAAUUCAAGCACAUUCGGGUUCAGGAUGUGCGAAAUGAUGUCAAACAGUGGGAGGAGACCCAACAGCUGGCUUUGGGCAAGUUUGCCAGCUUACUCCAAAUGAUUGUGGAGUUUGCUCGGAGCUUGGACAAUGGAAAACUUGAGAUUGAGCGUGAGGAGGGUGAGCAGGUUUUGAAUCUGAGAGAACAGCGUGGGGUUGUCAAUGGUGUCUUGUCCCCAGCUGUCGCAAGCAAGUGGGAUUUGUAA